CGCGGGGGAGCACCUGCGUGAGACCUGUGCGGCCAGGCCGGGGCUCAUGGCUUCCUACAGGACGGUCGGCGUUUUCCGUCUCCCGCCGUUACCCACGAUUCGAGAAAUCAUUAAGUUGUUUAGACUGCGAGCCGUGAAGCAGCUAUCCCAGAAUUUUCUCUUGGACUUGAGGCUGACAGAUAAAAUUGUAAGGAAAGCUGGCAGUCUGACAAAUGCUUACGUUUAUGAGGUGGGCCCUGGGCCCGGGGGACUCACAAGAUCCAUUCUCAAUGCCGGUGUUGCUGAACUUCUGGUGGUUGAAAAGGAUAGUCGAUUUAUUCCUGGAUUACAGAUGCUUUCUGAUGCAGCACCUGGAAAACUGAGAAUUGUCCAUGGAGAUGUCUUGACAUUUAAGAUAGAGAGGGUUUUUCCAGAAAGUCUCAAAAGACAGUGGGAGGAUGAUCCUCCAAAUGUACAUAUUAUUGGAAAUCUGCCUUUUAGUGUAUCAACUCCACUGAUUAUCAAAUGGCUUGAAAAUGUUUCUCAUAGAAAUGGACCUUUUGCUUAUGGCAGAACCCAGAUGACUUUGACUUUUCAAAAGGAAGUGGCAGAGAGACUUACAGCCAGUACAGGAAGCAAGCAGCGUAGUCGCCUUUCCGUCAUGGCCCAGUACCUCUGCGAUGUUCAGCACAUCCUGACGAUUCCAGGUCAGGCUUUCAUCCCCAAACCAGAGGUGGACUCGGGGGUGGUGCAUUUCACCCCCCUGGCCCGGCCCAGGAUAGAGCAGCCGUUCAGGCUGGUGGAGAGAGUCGUUCAGAAUGCCUUUCAGUUCCGAAGGAAGUACUGCCAUCGAGGGCUCGGAAUGCUAUUCCCUGAAGCUCGGCGAUUAGAAAGCACUGGGAGACUGUUACAGUUGGCAGAUGUGGACCCUACUCUUCGACCCACCCAGCUCUCUGUCUUACAUUUCAAGAGCCUCUGUGACGCCUACCGAAAAAUGUGCGAUGAAGACCCACACCUCUUUGCUUACAAUUUCAGAGAGGAACUCAAGCAAAAAUCAGAAAAGAAGAGACGACAAGGAGAGUUACAGACUGUCGCUGCUACUUCGGGGGCUGGCAGCCGACUGGGUGUUCCUUUUCAGUGUUGAACUUCGCAUGUGUGUGCUGCCCAGGUGUGACUUACUCCCCUUUUACAGCUUGGUAAAGGGAAUAAAUAUCAUCAGAUAAG